UAGAAAGAAAAAAAAAAUGGAAAGAAUCUGGAAGUUUCCACGUUGUCCUCGUCGUCUUUACCUAACCCAAAAAUAAGUAAAGACACAUUUGGGUCUUUACGGAGGCUCCGUAGUUCUUCCAAACUCGGUCUCUCAUGAACACCAAUUCUUCUCUAAUUCAACUUCGCGGCUUUUAAAAGUUUGUAGUUUUUUUUGAGCUUUCAAGAUGACAAGUGGAUUUGGGGAAUCAACUAGUGUGCCACCCCAAACCCCGUCUUGCUCGGGCAAUAACGCCAAUGAUGCAGGGGAUUUUGAAUGCAAUAUCUGCUUUGAGUUAGCUCAGGACCCAAUUGUGACACUUUGCGGUCACCUCUUCUGUUGGCCGUGUCUGUACAGAUGGCUCCAUCAUCACUCUCAUUCCCAGGAAUGCCCGGUUUGCAAGGCAAUCGUAGAAGAGGAAAAAUUGGUUCCUCUAUAUGGACGGGGCAAAACACAGACUGACCCACGAGCAAAGUCGUAUCCGGGUAUUGACAUUCCUAACCGCCCGGCUGGUCAAAGGCCUGCAACUGCUCCUCCCCCGGAACCAAAUCAGUUUAACUUUAGUAAUUAUGGGUUUGGAUUGGUAGGGGGUUUUAUGCCAAUGGCGUCUGCGAGGAUUGGUAACUUCACACUGGCUACUGCUUUUGGUGGUCUGAUUCCAUCCUUAUUCAAUGUUCAGUUUCAGGGCUUCCCGGAUGCUACUGUGUAUGGGCAGACUUCUGGUUAUCCCUAUGGGUUUAAUACGUUUCAGGGGGGCCAUACCCACAGGUUCCCACAGCCAAUCCAUCGAGGACAGCAUGCUGAUAAUGUUUUGAAGAAUCUUCUUUUGAUGAUUGGUGUUUUUGUGAUCAUCGCUCUCCUUUGUUGGUAAUUUGUUUUGCCUUUUAAACUUAACUUAUGAAGGCUUAUUACAAUUUACAUGAUAUGUAUGUAUAUACAUUAGCUGCUUGGUGAGUUCAUUUUGUGGUCGUCGGUUUGGUGUUAUUGACAUCUGAAAAAUGGCCUUGUAUGAUUUUCAUUAAUAGCCUUCAAAAUCUCUAUCA